GAAGGGCUGUAGCGAAGCUGGCUGUGUUUAAGGCCGGUGUGGGAACGCUCGCGCUGACCCCCGUCGCUCGUCCUCAGGACCGUGGUUUGUGCGUGUUGUCUGUGCGGGGUGCCCGUCGGGGAGGGUGCCCGGCCAGCGCUCGGACUCGCAGGGGAAGCGCCCACGGGGACGUGCUUGGUUGUUUUUUCCUGUAUGAAGCGGUUGGCACCACUGAAGUGACCGAAUGAGAGACUCUACAGGGGCAGGCAAUUCACUGGUCCACAAGCGGUCUCCUUUACGUCGAAACCAAAAGACCCCAACAUCCUUGACCAAGCUGUCUUUACAGGAUGGAUAUAAAGUCAAAAAGCCAGUAUGUAAAUUUGAAGAGGGUCAGGAUGUCCUAGCUAGAUGGUCAGAUGGCUUGUUUUAUCUUGGAACUAUCAAAAAGAUAAACAUAUUAAAACAGAGCUGCUUCAUCAUUUUUGAAGACAGUUCUAAAUCCUGGGUUCUCUGGAAGGACAUCCAAACAGGAGCCACUGGAAGUGGGGAAAUGGUCUGUACAAUAUGUCAGGAAGAGUAUUCAGAAGCUCCCAAUGAAAUGGUUAUAUGUGAUAAGUGUGGCCAAGGAUAUCAUCAGUUGUGUCACACACCUCACAUUGAUUCCAGUGUGAUUGAUUCAGAUGAAAAAUGGCUCUGUCGACAGUGUGUUUUUGCAACAACAACAAAGAGGGGUGGUGCGCUUAAGAAAGGACCAAAUGCCAAAGCAUUGCAAGUCAUGAAGCAGACAUUACCCUAUAGUGUGGCAGACCUUGAAUGGGAUGCAGGUCAUAAAACCAAUGUCCAGCAAUGUUACUGCUAUUGUGGAGGCCCUGGAGACUGGUAUUUAAAGAUGCUACAGUGCUGCAAAUGUAAGCAGUGGUUUCACGAGGCUUGUGUGCAAUGCCUUCAAAAGCCAAUGUUAUUUGGAGACAGGUUUUAUACAUUUAUUUGCUCUGUCUGCAGUUCUGGACCUGAAUACCUCAAACGUCUACCAUUACAGUGGGUAGAUAUAGCACACUUAUGCCUUUACAACCUAAGUGUUAUUCACAAGAAGAAAUACUUUGAUUCUGAACUUGAGCUUAUGACAUACAUUAAUGAAAACUGGGAUAGAUUGCACCCUGGAGAGGGAGAAAUAAUUCCUGUAAGGAUAUCAAGACCAGCCCUCUCAUCCUCCUGUUUGUUGCCUGAUGAGUAGGGGAAAAUAUGUAGGAGGAGGAAGUAAAUUUCUUUAAUCUUUCAUAUUCUGAAGUGAGAAUCAUUGUAGUUAAAGAUAGAAGGGAGGGAGAAAUCAUUAUUGGUUACCUUACUUAUGGUUCCUCCUCCUCCUAUGUUUUCCAUCAACUUUAGAGAUGUAACUAACACUCUUCUUUACAAAUUUCUUGUUGGUACUUGCUUGUAAAUCUUUGACUUCUGGGAAUGUUAGGACCCAUUAAUAGUGUUAAAAGAAUGAGUUAGAGCAGGGGUCCUCAAACUACGGUCCGCGGGCCACAUGCAAAUACAAAUAUUGUAUUUGUUCCCGUUUUGUUUUUUUACUUCAAAAUAAGAU